AUGGAUUAUCAGAACCGCGCAGGUUCCAAGUUCGGUGGCGGAGGCGUCGCAUCAACCUCAGCAACAAACGCAGACCGACGAGAACGCCUGCGCAAACUCGCCCUCGAAACCAUCGAUUUGGACAAAGACCCGUACUUCUUCAAGAACCACGUCGGUUCCUUCGAAUGUCGCCUCUGUCUGACAGUCCACCAGAACGAUGGCUCCUACCUCGCUCACACCCAAGGGCGAAAGCAUCAAACGAACCUGGCGCGACGCGCUGCUCGAGAGCAGAAGGAAGGAAGAGCAGGAACUGAUCCUGUGACCGGGUUGCCUAUUGGCAUGGUCGGCGCGCAAGUCAGCGUUAGGAAGAAUGUCGUAAAGAUUGGACGCCCGGGCUACAAGAUUACGAAGAUUAGGGAUCCCGUCACAAGACAACAGGGCUUGCUAUUUCAACUGCAGUAUCCCGAGAUAUCGCCAGACGUUCAGCCAAAGGUCCGAUUCAUGAGUGCGUAUGAGCAAAAGGUGGAUGACCCUCCCGACAAGAACUUCCAGUAUAUGCUGGUGGCGGCGGAGCCGUACGAGACCUGCGGAUUCAAAUUACAGGCAAGGGAGGUAGACCGUACCAACGAUAGGUUCUGGACAUGGUGGGAUGAGGAUUUGAAUGAGUUCUGGGUACAGGUUAUGUUCAAGACGGAGAGAGAAGAGAGAUAUAGCGGCGUUCCAGGUCUGGCGCCUGCGGGUCUUCCCAGGCGAUAG